AAGAGCAGUCUUUUUCUCGCACUGAAGUACGCUUCUGUUAGUCUGGUUGAAUAUUUGGGGGCGUAAACAUUGGCAGAGAGCUUUACACACCUGAAGGCGUAUUUUAUAAUUUUUAAAAUUACUCGUACACUAACUUGCCUAUGAAAAAUUCUAUACUGCUCUUGGCGCAAGGAGACACAGCUGAUUAGAGCGAAGUGAAACAACACGAGCUGACAAGUAAUUCACGAGGGAUUGGAACUGAUGGAUCCUCAUUUUCUAACACUCGUUAUUCUAACAACAGCCACAAUCAAGGGAACAAGAUCGUUAGAAUGCCAUCAGUGUAAUGCCACCUUGUUAGCAUUCAAUUGUCUGAGAAAUUCCAGUAUUGAGAGCUGCUCACAAGGUAGCGAGUCAGUUUGCAUGAGCAUUAAUGCCUCGGUGACAGAUUUAAAGGGAAACAAGUCAAAUUUGUUCUUAAGGCAAUGUUCGUCGAAAAGAGAAUGUUACUCGCUCCAGCCCUGCAGAGAUAUCAAAACUCACCUGUGGAGAGAGAGGUCCGGGCUACUUGUAGAGCCCAGCUGCCGCCCGGAAUGCUGUGCCACUGAUCGUUGCAACCAUCGUGUAGGAACACUAGAUUUGAAUAAAUCAAGCACCCGUAAAAUUAUACCGACAUCAUCUGGACGGAAAACUUCAAAAAAGUGCUUCGAAUUCGAGCCAAAAACUAAUAUACAACUAGAAAUCGGAAGCACUAAUAGUGGUCGACUAAUGAGGAAACAUAAAAUUUUCGUAUUGCUAUCAAUAUUUCUCUUGCUAACUUCACUGCCUUUUUAA